CAGCUACCUAGGUGACUACAGAAAUAAUAGUAACUGCGAACAACAUCAAAAAAGCUGAUCUUCGACAAAAUAGCAGGUGAGCGUCAGUUAUAUUUUCUCCGUUAGGUUCGCAAGCGUCCAGCUAGUCUUGAUUCAUUGCCAGGUGCAUACUACUCGAAGUAGAUGCUGAAGUGCCGCAUCUAAAUACAUUCAACAUACAGAGUUCUUUCUCGUUCUAGCCUCUCUUCAAUAUCUUGACUUCGCUCACAAGAGAUGAAUGACUUGAGUACACCCUUGGCGGGUAGGAAAGAGCCUCCCAAAAAAGCAGAGAGGAUGCUGGAAAGCGCCAUGAAAAAGCGUCAUUUAAGGCUAAAAAAUAAUGAUUCUUGGUAGCCCCUCUGCGGCUGGGGCUGCACAUAUCCGCUCGAGGAUACAGGUCAAACUGUGGACGGCGAAUCACCUCCUAUCCUUCUAUUCUGACUAUUAAACCUAAAGGACUCCAUUUAGUGUACUACGUAUCUUAUCACAUGUGUUGCGGAAGACCUCCUAGACAAGGUAGCAUUUCUACGACCGACAACGUUUCUUAUCUUGGCUCUUAUAAUUCAUUCACUCAUUUACCUGUUCUGGAGAUACUUAUUUUUUGACGCUUAACAAGCGACUUUUUACUUUAUAGUUAUUGCUUGUUAUAAGAGAUGAAUCAAAUGUAGUCAUGAAUGGUUCUGGUAUUUUUGGUAUAGCCUGAAUUUGAUCCUCAGGGAAAACAAGAAGAGAACCCUUAGGAUCAAAUUCAGGCUAUACCAAAAAUACCAGACUUUUUACUUUAUAGUUAUUGCUUGUUAUAAGAUUAAGAGAUGAAUCAAAUGUAGUCAUGAAUGGUUCUGGUAUUUGGUAACCUGAGUUUGAUCCUAUAAGGGAACCCUUAGGAUCAAAUUCAGGCUAUACCAAAAAUACCAGAACCAUACAAUCAACUGUAGUUAUUGCUUGUUAUACUUAUAUAGUUAUUGCUUGUUAUACUUAUAUAGUUAUUGCUUGUUAUAUUAAAUAAGAGAAUCAUAAUCAACUGUAGUCACAGCCAGACAGCUCCUCACCGACGGUCUAAUCUCUAAUCUCUCCCGAGGACGGUGGCAACGAAGGGCCGCCGAAGAAGAAGAAAAAGGUCUCCUUUUCGGACAAAGUCUCCUAUGCGGAAGAAAUGAAGCCCAGCGGGGGUGGCCCCAUACUUGUGAGGACCAUGGCAUUUGACAGGGUACUAGAGGAAUUACUUCUGUACCCUUUAAACUGUUACCUGUUAAUAGAGUUUGACAAGUUUUAACAAAUUAGAAUUUGUUACAUAGAAUUAAUAGUUUGGCGUUCCUUUUAAUAGAGUUUGUAACUGACUUUUAAUAGAAUUUGUCACUUUUAAUAGAAUUGUUACUUGUGAGGACCAUGGCAUUUGACAGGGUACUAGAGGAAUUACUUCUGUACCCUUUAAACUCUUACUUGUUUUACUAGAAUUUGUUACAUAGGAAUGUUACUUUUAACUGUUACUUGUUAGUUUUACUAGAAUUUGAAUUGAUAAUUUGGCGUUCCUUUAGAUAGAGUAAUGUAGCUGAAACAGGAAUGCAGUAGCCACAUCUAUUACUUAAUGAGUAGUAUGUAUUUUACCGUGAAAAACAAAGAUCAACAUAGUACUGUGUUGCAUAGGAAAAGCUACAACUGCUUCUAGAACAACUGCUUCUAGAACAACUGCUUCUAGAACAACUGCUUCUAGAACAACUGCUUCUAGAACACAACUGCUUCUAGAACACAACUGCUUCUAGAACAACUAACUGCUACGACAACUCUUCUGCUGCUUCUAGAGCAACUGCUUCUAGAACAACUAACUGCCACGACAACUCUUCUGCUGCUUCUAGAGCAACUGCUUCUAGAACAACUAACUGCCACGACAACUCUUCUGCUGCUUCUAGAACACUUCUUCUACGUUAAAACAAACAGCAAGUCAGUUCACUCGUCACACACUUCUACCUUAUAAAACAAACAGCAAAUCAGUUCUCGUUUGACGAAGACGGUGAUGCACAUCCCGACGUAUUUUGAGGUCGUGGUGAAAUAUGCGAAAGGCAUAGCGGAAGCGUGGGUUCUUAAGGCGAUCAUGAAAUAGACGUCAACAAAAGAAUCCCAAUAGCACCUUUAGAUAGAAGCACCUUUAAUAGACGCUGUUCAUUUUUGGUGGAAUAUGCAAUAGCACCUUUCGACGCUGUUCAUUUUUGGUGGAAUAAGAAAGUCCUCGGUAAUGAUAGGAGCUAUGCUUCUGAUAUAAUAUUCAGAAUACUAUAAUUACUUUAAGUGGGCAUGGAGUGGAAAGACCCUAAAGCACUUCUUCUAUCUGUCUCGCAACGCAGAAAGUGAGCAAUGAAACAUACUCACUUCUUCUAAAUCUAUAUCCUUUUUGAUAAGUGAACAGGCCAACGCGUGGUCUUUCUCUAAGAUACCCUAUGUUUACAAAAAUCUUCUCCUCUAAAUUUCCACUCAUGAUCCUCAAGGGCCCGAAUGCAUGUGCUAAAACGAUAGAAUGCCUGCGGUAUCCUUUCGACAACAGAUUUGUUUAUGCCGGGUUGUCCUAUCCUGUCCUAUCCUACAGUGUAGUUCCAACUGGUGGAAAAUGUAGUUCCAACUGGUUCUGUCUCAGCUCGUAGCAUCAUCUCUUUGGUAGUAUACUAAUCUCUGUUGCAUCUGGAUGCAACACAGCAUUGUUUGAAGAAUACGCUGUUUGUAAAAAACGACUCUUGAAUAGGAGCAGAGUGCGAUGCUUUAAACAACUAUUGACAAGCGUCAUCAGCGCUGGAGCAACAAAAGUUUACUACCGAGUAGAGGGGGAUCCUAACAGUGGGAGCAAUAAAAGUAUACCCUACUUACCUCCAAAGACAAGGACCCCUAGUACGGGAGCAACAAAAGCAUACCCCACCAGAAAGAGAUGAUGCUGCAUCAGAGAUGAAUACAAGCACUACUACACUCUAACAUAUUAUGUAUCCAAUAAUUGGCUUCGGGACAUUCAAGAUCGAUCGCGCUGGCCUCGAAGUUAUUAUGGGCGCCAAUGGUACUACAACCCCUAUCAUUGCGCCAUUAGUAAGUAGUUAGGGCUGCAAGACCUUUGUAGUUAGGGCUUCAAGUUGAAUAGUACUGCGUACUUUGGAAAAAUAUUGUUUCUGGUUUUCAAUUUCAUGGACUCCAAUUGUAACUUACAAGGCUCCAAUUGUAACUCGUCACUCACCUAAUACAUAGAAUACAUAUACGCAAAGUCCUAACUUCAUUCACCUAAUACAUAGAAUGCAUAUUAUAGUGAUGCAGCAUAUACGCGAAGUUGUCCUAACUUCAUUCACCCAAAAAUAGAGAUCCAAAUACAUAUAUAUAUCAUAUGUCCCGCGUUCGGGAUUGGUUCAUCUCAGGGGGGAUUUUUUUGACUAUCUAAGGUUUACUCGCAUACUUAUACACACUUCAGGUGAAAAGUGGUCCGCUUUCGAUUUCGGGUACCGGUUGGUGGACUCAGCUGCAGUCUACGAAAACGAGAUGGGUCUACGAAAGAUCAAGCUCCCAACACCGGAAAGGACCCACCUACCAGAACAUCCGGACCCUGUCAAGAAACACGGAUAUCCGGACAAGGUCACUGCACCGUUCAACCGAUAUUUAGGGCCUCUGAUCUAGGUCAAAAGAUACCUCACCUCUACUACAACUAUUCUUCAAAGUGCUAAGAUGAAAGAAGGAUGCAUGCAAUAAUUAAGUUCGAUGUCGCUUAAGCGUCAAAAGACACCUCAAGACCUGGUAAAGGAAUGAAUUUGAGUGAACAGUUUUGACUGUUGAUGGCUAGUUGUUCAAGAUUAGACAGACAACAUGUGGAGUUGUGCUAAAUUUGUCAACUACUAGCACUACCUGUGCAUGGGUACUCAACCAUACCCCACGAAUGGGUACACUACUACUACUACUACUAUUCUAACCUCACCCGAUCCGAAGGAUGACAAGGCCUUGAAGGAAGCCAAGUAUCAGGUUGUGACGCUGAACCCAGACAAGGGUGAAUUCAGAUUGUGCAACGUUGUUAUGGUUGUAGGUGCGUAUUUGUACUAGGUACUUCUUUUGUAGGUGCAUACUCAAACUUCAACCUCUUAGGGGUUGAUGUUCCAUGAUUUACAUUUCUAGAUUUUCUUACAACUCUUAUUCAUACAUUACAAAGAUACUUCGGAGACUUCAUCUUGUUAAACAAACUCACAGGAUCAUUAGGACAUUACAUUUAAUUUAUUAGUGCACAGGAUACCGAGGAUAUUACUGCAGCAAGGGAAAGAAGGACCCCUAUUAGUGUGAGGGUAAGAAGUAUUAUUCACAACAUAAACUUAUCACAAAAUCUUCUAAUUUGAAGUUUCUGCACCUGGCUACAGAGGCGGGCGCAAUGAGUGGGCCUAUCAUUCAAUCCAAGCUGUGGCAGACUGGACACGGCCGAAUGGUACUUACAGAUGUUUUUGGGAGAUGUAGACCGAACAUGGCUUAUUUGUAAUGCGAAUUACGUGUAUAGUACAAGUAGUGGAUCUCACUUGUAGACGCUGUUGUCAGAUGCAGACCGAACACGGCUUUAUUUUAUUUGUAGCCUAGUACUGAUUGCAGCUAAAAUGGCCACUCUCACUCUGUCAAAUUCUCACUCUAGCUCUACCAAAUUCUCACUCUAUCAGGGAACGAUGAAAGCGUUUAAUAAGACCUGCCAACAAGCAGGCCUAUUGCAGAUGCCCACCAAGAAGGUGCCACACGUCGUCCAAACGCAGCCGUUGGACUCCUAUCUCGUUCACUGGCCAGGACCCAAACGCGGAUGGCCGCUUAAGAAUAGUACCUACUUACUCUAAUUAUAUGUGAUUGUGAAGAACUUCACUUUCACAAUUAUAGGUUAGAGAUGUGGUGAACAGCUGGUCACGGUGUCGACUUUAUGAUGUGCGACGGACUUGUUCUUUUUUUUGGAUUCAAUGACCAACAAACAACAGAUGAAGACGGAACUCCAGGCAUCAUGCCUGCGGAUUGGAAUGGGGCUGAUACGCGACUCGAAACCUGGACCGUGAUGGAGGAAUUGUUCAUGGAUGGAAGAGUCAAGGUAGUAUAUGACUUAUAUCGAAAACUCAAAAUAAGCGAGUUCCUGACUGAAAUGCAAAAGUCUUGACUACAUUCCUCUUCUUUUAGUGUCUCCCUUAUUUAUGUAGUUACUCACUUAUUUCAAUUUCAGUUUUUCGAAUAGUUCUUCGUCCUUUUUUGUUGAUAGCAACAGCUAGCUACUUCCUGACUUAUUUGCGUGACAUUGAGUCGAACUCUACUAAUCUAAACCUAAUCACCUAAGACCGAAUAGAACUCCAUUAACCUGUGACCCAUUCUGGACCUCUGUGACUUGUGACCAAAAUGACAUCGUGAGGUGAACAGAUCACCGGGCGAAGCCACGUAGCUUGCCUUGGUUGCUCGGUUCACUUUGGCCGGGUGUUGUUUGGGCUUCUGCCGGGCUCUUCACGCGACCGCGCCUCGGCUCUUUGCUGUCUUGGUUGCUCGGUUCACUUUGGCCGGGUGUUGUUUGGGUUUCUGCCGGGCUCUUCACGCGACCGCGUCUCGGUUCUUUGCCGUCUUGGUUGCUUGGUCCACUUUGGCCGGGUGUUGUUUGGGUUUCUGCCGGGCUCUUUGUGCGGCCGCGUCUCGGCUCUUUAAUGGGGUUCGAACCUUCGGCCCCCUUUGGUGGCCCUCCUUGUUGAGGGCUUAGGCCGUUGCCGAGGGUUGGCCUACAUCCCCGCCCAGGCUACCCCUCGCUCAGCUGGGUUCGAACCUUCGGCCCCCUUCGGUGGGGUUCGAACCUUCGGCCCCCUUCGGUGGGGUUCGAACCUUCAGCCCCCUUUUGCGGUCCUGAGUGGGACUCACUAGACCACGGCGCUGCGGCGUGGGUGACGCGAAAAGCGAACUACCUCCACCGCCGCGGGACCGGCGUCGCGGCUGCCGCGGGACUCCGCCGCGUCGCGAUUGCUUUCGCGCUCUUGGGGUCUGUUUCGUAGAAGGCUGAACUAGUGAGCGAGCCCCCCGCUUCGUCGCCCCUUCGUCGAAAAGUAGCCGCUUUGUUACCCCUUCGGUGAAAACUAAGCGCUUCGGUGCCCUCUCCCCCGUGAAAACUACGCGCUCAGACUGUGAGACAAUUGAUACACUCGCAAGACUAUCGUACAUGACCCCAGCCAAUUCGCAGAACCCAAAAGAGGUGCGGGAGGGUCGUAGGUCCAAUCUGAAUCGACUAGCAUCGUCAUCAAGUAGAUCUAGAUGGAAGGGUCAAGGAAGUGCACACGAGUGCAUAUUUUUAAGGACUUCGUAGGUUUUUAUCACACCCCAACCAAUCUGAACAGAUCAUCGGCUUAUGCAACUAUUCGCUGCGCCAACUGAGGCACAUUGUGGAGAACUGUCGCAUCCAGCCCAUGAUCUUGCAGAUCGAGUUUCACCCGUUGCUGCAGCAAAAAGAACUUCGCAAGUACUGCGGAAAACAGGGCAUUUUGGUGCAAGGCUACGCUUCUCUCUUAUGCAUGAAUGUUGUACUUAAUUGUUGUGUCGAGGACCUUUUUUAUAAUCAUUUUGUGUAUUUGAGGUAUCGGGUUCGGGAAUUCGUCUCACGGAUCAUCUGGCUCCCUUUCUCUUCCAGAUGACUUUGGAGAUGAAUUCCCUACCCCCAUAAUAGUGAGUAAGUAGUGUGGUGACUAACUCGAUUUUGUAUGUAGAUGGUGACUAACUCGAUACAUUGUUUACACGUCACAAAUACGAUGAUCAUGACUACCCUUAUUAUUUUGUGAGUAGUUCAACCCUUAGGAGGUCUUUAGGCCUCGUGAACAGCAGUAUAAUGUACAUCCUCGAUCUAGAAAAUAUUUUCCAUCAUGACCUCUUUCGCCAAAAGGUGUUCAUUUCUAUCAUGAUCUCUUUUGCCAGCACACAGAGGAGUUCUAGUAGAACUAGAGUAAUGUUGUGGGGGACGACGUAAUGCUUUGUCGAAUACCUCCAAAAGAAUAGAAAGGGGCGGUAGAGGGGGCGUUAUAUUAUAUAAGAUCAGAGACAAUGGUAGUUGAAAAAUAAAUUUAAGUUGGUAGUCCUUUUGUGGCUGCACAUGUUCGCUCGAUGAUGCAGAUCACACUGUGGGCGGCGGACCGCCUCCUAUCCUAUACUACAUCCAGUCCAUUCCUACUAAGAAACUACUGUGCCAUGAGUCCUCCAUCAGUCUCACAUAUUUCCUAAAACAUCAACAUCUCUAACUUCCGGCGGAAGCGAACCAAAGUCCAAGAGCGGCUUCACGUUGACCACGAACCCAACGAUCGUCAAGGUUCUUCUUCUCGCGUUGUAUCGUAUCUGCUCCACUGCAACUUUCUAUUGUCUCAUGAUCCUCUACUCGAUUUCACAUUUUUUUUCAAGAUGGGAGAACUCUUUUCCAAAGCAAGGAAGCAAACUACUAGCAGCAGAACAAUCAACCCCCCAACCAGCAUAACCCUCUGCGACGUCUAUCAUCUUCUACUCAGGUUGCUAAGGAAGUAGGACGCACUCCGGCACAAGUUUUACUCCGUUGGGCUCUCCAGAGUAACGUGGCUAUCAUUCCGAAAAGCGAAAAGGUUAUGAGUUGGAACAUCAUCGUUGUAGAGCAACCUAUGUAGUUGUACAGCCAUCAGUUUAAUAGAAGAGCAAAGUAUUAUGUAGAUGUAGUCUUUUUUAGCCUAUGAGUUGGAACAACAUCAUUUUUGUAAAGCCAUCAUUGUAGUACAGCCAUCAAUUUCGUAGUACAGCAACAGCCAGCAAUUUCGUAGUACAGCAACUUAUGUAGUAGAACAACCGGUUCAUUGUACUAGAGCAACUUAUGUAGUUGUACUACAGCCAUCAUUGUCGUAAAGCAACUUAGAAGUAAUGUAGUCUUCUUCCUACUUUAGUCAUUUUUUUAGCCACGACUAACGCAUUGUCAUUAUACAUAGCAUCCUCACAUUGAUGCACAUACAAUUUGAGCCCUUCUAACAGCCCUUCCCGUAUCGAAGAGAACACCAAAGUGUUUGAUUUCAGCCUUCCGCAAGAGGCUAUGGAGGAGAUCAACGCACUGGAAGACGGCACCCGUCUCACAUGGAAACAGAAGGAUCCGGACAUGGAACCCUGAGGCAUGGAUCCUAGGAACCGUAAGAAUAGAUGAAGCUGAAUGAUUCAUCAUGAAUCCUAGAAGGAGUAAGAGGAAGCUAGACUACUUGAAUGAAAAAUAGAUGAAUCAAUCUUAGGAUUUGCAGGAAGCAAGACUUACUAUUUAGAUUUGAAGUUGUAGAACCUCACUUAAUGGAGCUUUUGUUGUUGUUGACGCAGAGGAGGUGGAGGAGAGUGUCGGAACUAGGGGAAAAUAGUCAACAAAGACCACGUAGAUCGUAGGUUGUUGUUGUUGUUGACGCAGAGGAGGUGGAGGAGAGUGUCGGAACUAGGGGAAAAUAGUCAACAAAGACCACGUAGAUCGUAGGUUGUUGUUGUUGUUGACGCAGAGGAGGUGCUGGAGAAAGAGAAGUAUCAUGGUAAACAUAGACGACAUUCAAAGAGGUAGGUCAGCAUACUAAUAUCGCUAUCAUCAGCAUACUAUCGCUAUCAUGGACCACGCAGGGAAGAUGAAAUGAACUCGCUUGAGCUGUUGUACACGUGGAUGUGAAACGUCUAGAAAAUCUUGGAAAAUGCAUGAACAUGACCGAUAGGAUCUUCUUCAGACCAACAAAUAGUGAACUAUUUUUAUUACAUUCAUCUGCGCUACAUACAAUGUUCAAAUUGCAUAACGAUGUCUUGGUAUCAUAAUCCUCACACCUAACGAACACUUCUAGAGGUAACUAGAAUCUAACCCCGAAGACGCACAACCGCAUUUCACUGUUCUUGAAACCCCUCAAAAUAUUUGCAUUUGAUGUUAUUUAACUGAUCAUCCUUCGCCGCUCGCAAUCUACUGGUCAUCGCUGAGUAGACACGCGCUUACUGGACACAAGAAAGGCAAGACACAAGAACAUGCAGGGAUAUAAUUUACGCCAUAAAUUUAAAUUACGCUAUAACAGGAGAUUGUGCAUGCGUCGCAUAUCAGUUUGCCUGUUCUCAACCCUUAGCAACG